AUGGCCGCAGCGUCGGUGAAUAGUGACAAUCACCAAUUCUCAACUAUUUCCGAAGUCCGAUCAUUUUCUGGGAUCCGAGAAUGCUCUACUUCAGCAAUUGCCCGGCAGGAGCAACGGGAGCAAAUACCUAUUUUUAAUAUCCAAAGUACCCCCGGAGAAAUGCAAAAUCAUGAGCUUACAAGAAAGCACAAAACUCCCGGUUCGCCAGUCGAUCAACCAAGCAAAAAGCGUCGCACAGAAACCUACGAAGUUCCGAAGUCUCCUUGUCAGACUUCAUACGCACAAGAAUCUAUUCUUGAAGCGUUUGCCCAAACCACACAACCGAGAUCAGAGCAACGGUUGAACGAUGCGUUGGAAAAGAGGUUAAAGGGUAUCUCCGAAGAACUCAAGCGAGUAUCCGAAACGCAAAAGAAAAUAGAAUCCCAAAUAUCGGUUGAUUGGCCGGAUUUGGAGAGUAGAAUACACCAGCAGGUUCGGGCUGAAAUGACGAAUGUGGUUUUAGAAGCCAGAUCGACAAGGAGGAAGGCAGUCUCUGAGUUGAGGCAAGAGUUGGAAAAAGGGUCGGUCCUACAGAACGUCCCAGAGUUUCUGCGUGAGCUCAAUGUCGAGGCUAAGGGGUCUGAGCAUUUACCACCCAAGAAUCGGAGUGCUGAGUACAGCAUCACUGGCUCCGGUUAA